GAAUAGUGGCGAAUUUUUCUAAAUAUAUAAAUGAAUGAACAAGACGAUAGUCAUUCGUCACCGCCUUGUAUUUCUCAUUCCUUGUUUGGUUACUUAGAAACUGCGAGAAGGAUAAAUGAACCGAAACUCCCAACUCUAAAUUUCAUUCUUCUUUUUAUUUUCUUGUACUUUUCCAUCGUUCCGAAGCCAAGUAGUUAAACCCAACUCCAAAUUGGCGUAUAGUCCAACUAUUCUACGUUCUUGAGUUCAGGUGGUUGUUCCUCAAAAAUCAAGCUGCCAAUGUUGACCGCAAAUAUUGUUGCCACCUCGAAUCAAUUUCCACUAGUGAAAAGAGAGGGUCAAUGCAGGGGGCAUACUAAGCUUACUAAAUCUAAUCAAGUGAAGGCUUUUUUCAUUCCAUUUCAAGAGUUCAGUGGAAAAACGCGACCACUUGAAAUUGCAAGAGCAGGACCGCUGGGGCUUGGUGCACAAAUUUUGCCUAUUGAUAAAAGAGGACCUACUAUUCAUUCAACUCAAAGACAGUCUGCUUCCAUACUAUGCCAUUCCUCGUUGAAUGCAAGAUGUGGUGCAGAGCAAACUCAAACUGUGACACGGGAGGCACCAACUAUCACUCACAUUCCUGGCAAGGAACAGUCGCCUCAACUUGAUGAUGGUGGGUCUGGAUUCCCACCUCGUGAUGAUGGUGAUGGCGGUGGUGGAGGCGGUGGAGGUGGAGGCAACUGGUCUGGUGGAUUUUUCUUUUUUGGCUUUCUGGCCUUUCUAGGCUUUUUAAAGGAUAAGGAAGGUGAGGGGCCUUAUCGUGAUGAGAGAAGAUGAGAGAACGAUUAGAAAUUAAUAUUAGUUUUGGCGAGUAUUUUGGCGCAGCGUUCUUUCUGUAUAACUAUCAUAGAUGGUUUUUGAGUCUAAACAUGCCAACUUUGUCAUAAUUAGAAAAGAUCAGUUCGAGUUUUAUUGGCGUA